GAUUACUGAUUUCUGAUAAGCGAAGUACCAAAAAUAAGUCUUUUUGGGCGGUUAACUAUGAUUUAGACGUACAAGUUUAGAAGGCGUAGAGCGAAGAGUGAAAAAGAAAACGCCUCUAGAAGGCCUUGAGGGAAUUAAAUAUGGCCGUGUUUAUGUAUAUGUUGUUUGCUUUCACGCUAGUGUCGCAUUUUCUGUGGAAGUGCCCCGGACAACUUACUAAACAGUUAUAUGGAUUAGAGUUUUCUUCCUCACAGUUAUCCACAGGACAGCCUAUUGUAUUGAGAAAAGGUGAUAUGUUAAACCUUACCUGUAAAGUAACAUCAGCAAGCAAUAUUUCAGUACCAAGAUUUGAAAUUGCAAUUCAUACUCCGUACUAUUCCCAAAACAGCAUGAAUAGAGUUCUACAGAAUAAGGGCUACAACACAGUGAAUAUUGUGGUUCAGAACUUGCAAGAAAGUGAUAGCGGGGAUUAUAAAUGCGAAGCAAUAAAUGAUGAAGAGCAGAUGCAGUUCCAUCUGGCGCUGCUGGUGAUUGUAAAGCACAAGAAAUGUGGCCCACACUUUUUCCAGUGCUUAAAUGGAGUGUGUAUCAUGAGGCGUUACUUGUGUGAUGGAUUCCGUGAUUGCAGGGAUGGAGAGGAUGAGUAUGAGGAGGAAUGUGGGCCAAAUCCAUGUAAGAGCAAGCUUCACUGUGACGACCAUCGCUGUAUUCCGAUAGACUGGUGCUGUGACACAUAUCAUGAUUCCAACUGCACUGUGAGAGUUCUGCCAUCGUGUUGCCUUCAGCUGUCUAAAUCAAUCAUGGAUCUAGAUGCAUACGCGAAUGAACCACCACCCCAGGGUCUAAGUGAUAUGGGAUUCCUUCAGAAUACACUUUACACAGUUGUAGGUUGUUCUAUGGCAUUCAUGUUCAUUGUAACAAUUCUUGUUGUUGCAAUUUGUCGUGUCCACAUGAAACGUUCAUUAUUACUCUCUCGUUGCUCUGGUGCUAGGAGUGGUAACCGAGCCCCACAGCAGCACCACCACCAUCAUGGAUUACAGCACAUGCCUCUUUAUGAUCUAGAUGUGCGGUUAAAUCGUUCCCUCUAUCCACAUUCAUCAUCAGUUUCUCCACAUACUGGUCUUUCGGUUACUUACAAUAUUAAUAAUGGUGUUCAGUUUAUGAGGCGGCCUAUGAAUCCACCUCCAUACUGUGAAAUUGUUGCCUCUCCUCCCAGAGAAGGCCCUCCUCCUCCUUAUAUCUCUCACGAAAACCUACCAUGUGCCGGUCCUGAAGCCAGGUCAAUAGCUCACAACAGUGCGGACGACAUCCCAGGUGAAAGGGACUCACUUCUGGACUCUGGAAGAGGGCUGGAGUCCAUAGAAAACACACAGUUAAGAGGAGACUCUGAAUAUUUGAAUGUACUAGCUGGAACAGUCUUCAUUUCCAGUCAACAGCCCAUGCAAGAAGUGGACAGAAACUGUCAGGUUGGUAAUGCAAUUUCAUUAACAAUAAACAGUGAUCACGAUGCUGUAUUAGGUCCAGAUACCAUUUGUAGUUUUGGAAAUGAUGAAAGAGUAAGUGAACUUUCAGUGGAGAGUGGUAUCAGCUGUGAGAAUUUAGUAGUUGCUCCGAACGUGCCUGAUGCUCAUGAAAUUACUCUGAACAAUGUAAGUGUUCCUGACAAGUCCUCAGCCAAAACGUCAACUGCUGUCAAUACAGUUUCUUGUACCACACAUAAUGACAGCAGUUUCAGCAUGGUUUGUGAUAGCCAAGAAAACCCCCUGCAUUGCCUACACGAUAGCUUCAUUAUGGUCCAUACCAAUUCAGCUGACUUGAAUCCAAGAAUAUUGGGUGCAGCUACACAUUUAGCCAGUGUCAAAUCUACGGAUACUUCUGUUCCCACUCUGACCUUGGAAAAUUAUGCAAGAACUAAGACUGAUAGUGAAGACUGAGUGUGUGUUCUAAAUUUGUAUGCAGUUAGUAGAUAUUAGUGUGAAUAUAGUUAACAGGUUUUAUUACAUUGUGAUUACUAUAAAAUUUAUCUUACUGUUGCUGCUUUAUCAUAUAUUAUCUUCCGAUUGGUAACAGUACUGUUUGACCUUAUGUAUGUUCACAUCCACUUUUACAAUUUAUCUGUUUUGUUACAAGUGGAAUAUAAACAUUAUUCUGUCAGAGUUUUAAGAGGAGGGUUAUUCAAAUACACAUGGUUCAGUAUGUGACUAGAGGGAGAGAAUAAAUACGGUGUUGAGCUGUAUCAGUCAUAAUAUGGUGCAAUCUGGAAGGGCACAGUACACUGACUUUCAUAGGCAGUGGAAAAAUGUAACAUUUCUAAAUAUGGGAACCUGGGUUGAGAAAUGUUGAAGAUCUUUAAUUGUAUUGAACUUUCUUAAAAUGAUUCCUACAUGAACUUGGCGUAGUGUUCGUCUGAAAUUCUUGAAGUUGUAAUUAUUUCCUGAAAUAGAACAAAUGUGACCAAUCUACUUAAUCUCAUUUUUAUUCUUCAACUAUAGUAGUUACUUUUGUUUCCAACAGAAAUAGAAUAACUUGCUAACUCCAUGGAACAGAACCUCUCUUGCAAAGCUAAUAGUCACUCAUUUAGGCAUUGAAGUCUCUGCAUUUUAUGGAAUCUGGGGGUUCAUUACUGGUCAGAAGAGCCCAGAAUGAUGUAAGUUACACAAACAUAAAUGUAAAAUAACUAAGUAUCUGGAAACAACAAUAACACACAGAAAUGAGGUCCUUGAUGAAAUUAAGGAUAGAACAUAUGGGGGUGAGUGGUUAGCAUUAUGCCACAGCCACACUUUACCCCCAGGAAAAAACCCCGGUACCAAUUGUAUAGGAGGCUGGGUGGGACCCAGAGCCAGUCUGGAUGCAGAGGCUAGAGGAAAAAUCCUCUGCCUCUAUUGGGAGUGAACCCCAAUCAUCCAGUCUGUUAGUAAGAUGAAUUAUGAUUGGAAAAUAAUAAACCAUUUUAGAUAUAUGCAAAACCUGUCUUUGUAGUGUAUUUUGCCUAAAUCCAGUAGUUCAGAUGUCUUUUGUGUCAGGCUGUGGGUGAAGUCUUUUAUUUUGUAGGCUUACAAGGGUUUGGUUUUGGUAGAAGAACUUACAUGGGAUUAAGGUGUGUUACAUGCAAUCUGUUAAAUAUGCAUGGCAGAGUCAUUACUUCUGUUAGCUUGCCUGUUGCCACUACAAGUUUUACUGUAUGCCACCUUAGAAGUAAUUCCCAUCUUCUUCGGCCGGUGGUCAUACUACUGGAAACAUUCUUAGAUCUUGCCAUUGUAACCACUUUAUCUUAGUCAUAAAUGUUUGCAUUUUGUUCACAACACUUGGCAGAGAUUCUUCUCUAUGAAAAUGUGACAGACUGAAUGUCAUGGUUCAUAUUUAGCAUGUAGUUCACCCUGUUUAUUUGAAAGGUCCUGGGUUUUUGGUGCAGAUAUCAUGAGUUCUUCCAUGGUUUUUUUCAGUCCCUCCAAGUGAAUCUUUUGAUAGGACAUGACUGUGUUCACAUUCUCAAUUCUUAUCUCAUUUAACGGUUGGUUUGGGACAUGCAGAUGCAAAGUGUGGUGAAGCACGUAGAAUGGUUUCUUCAUAUUGUGGUAACUUAAACUAACAUUUAUUUUGACCUUUCCUUUUGAUGCAUUUGCAUAUGUUUCAAGAUGGCUUUAUGCAGCUGGAAGAGCUGUUACUUUGGUUAGAAAAGGAGGAGCCCUUCAUAAUCACAGGAACCACAAAAGAUGUGUUACAAUUUCUAUUUGAGGGUAACUAAUAUGUAAUUCAGAAAUUUUUCAAAAGUAGAAUUUAUGGGACUGCUAAUAACCAUCUUUGUUGAGGAGCUGAAAGUCACUCAGUAAAGAAAUUCCUGACUCUAUGAUAGUUGAUGGUCUUCAUUUCAGUCUUUACAUCCCCCACCCCCCCAGUAGCUGACCCACACUGAGGAUGAUCUUAUGAAAUAUCCUGUUACAUAGCAGAUAGUAUUAUAAAUACAUUUUUGUUUGGCAGAAUUAAAGUAAUGACUGGCUUCAUUGGUAAGUAGCUUUCUAUAUUUCUGUUUUGGAGUUACUUGUUGGAGUUUUUGGAUUGCUGCCGACAUGUCACGGAUGGACGUGUCCACCAGGUGAGACAUUUUUGUGCUGCUCACUUUGCAUUUGUUUCAGGAAUCACUGCUUUGUAUACUGUUUUUAUGUUUGUUGUGUACUGUGUCUUACACAAAUUAAGUAACUUGCAUUUUAUUCUGGAUCAGAAAUAAAGGUUAUACCAUUAGACAGUAGAAUUUUGAAAAGGAAUUAUGUUACCUAAGCUGUUAAUUUAGGAAUUUAUCCAUAUUUACCUGAAUUGAUAGGUUAAUAGGCCUACAACUGUUUGGUUGUUUCAGCCAUAUUCCUAUGUAUUCCCCUUAUAUAUUUCUGUAAAUGUUUUCAUACGCAUGGAUACUUUAUUGUUUUAAUCCACAUUUUCAUUUUUAUAGUUUUGUUUCUGUAAUUUAGUUGAUGUAUCCUGUAAGUAAUAAUAAAAGGCUAUAGGUAGCACACUGA